AUGGACGUGGACGUGGACGUGGACAUGGACGUGGACGUGGACGUGGACGUGGACGUGGACGUGGACGUGGACGUGGACGUGGACAUGGACGUGGACGUGGACGUGGACGUGGACGUGGACCUGGACGUGGACGUGGACGUGGACAUGGACGUGGACGUGGACGUGGACGUGGACGUGGACAUGGACAUGGACGUGGACGUGGACGUGGACGUGGACGUGGUCGUGGACGUGGACGUGGACGUGGACGUGGACAUGGACGUGGACGUGGACGUGGAGGACUGGACGGACUUGGACGUGGACAUGGACGUGGACGUGGACGUGGACGUGAACGUGGACGUGGACAUGGACGUGGACAUGGACGUGGACAUGGACGUGGACGUGGACAUGGACGUGGACAUGGACGUGGACGUGGACAUGGACGUGGACGUGGACGUGGACAUGGACGUGGACGUGGACGUGGACGUGGACGUGGACGUGGACGUGGACGUGGACAUGGACGUGGACGUGGACGUGGACGUGGACGUGGACAUGGACGUGGACGUGGACGUGGAAGUGGACGUGGACGUGGACGUGGACGUGGACAUGGACGUGGAGGACUUGGACGUGGACGUGGACAUGGACGUGGACGUGGACGUGGACAUGGACGUGGACGUGGACGUGGACGUGGACGUGGACGUGGACGUGGACGUGGACGUGGACAUGGACGUGGACGUGGACGUGGACAUGGACGUGGACGUGGACAUGGACGUGGACAUGGACGUGGACAUGGACGUGGACGUGAACGUGGACGUGGACAUGGACGUGGACGUGGACAUGGAUGUGGAUAUGGACGUGGACAUGGACGUGGACGUGGACGUGGACGUGGACAUGGACGUGGACGUGGACGUGGACGUGGACGUGGACAUGGACGUGGACGUGGACGUGGACGUGGACAUGGACGUGGAGAUGGACGUGGACGUGGACAUGGACGUGGACAUGGACGUGGACGUGGACGUGGACGUGGACAUGGACGUGGACGUGGACGUGGGCGUGGACAUGGACGUGGACGUGGACGUGGACAUGGACGUGGACGUGGACGUGGACCUGGACGUGGACGUGGACGUGGACGUGGACGUGGACAUGGACGUGGACGUGGACGUGGACGUGGACGUGGACGUGGACGUGGACAUGGACGUGGACAUGGACGUGGACGUGGACGUGGACGUGGACGUGGACAUGGACAUGGACGUGGACGUGGACGUGACGGACUUGGACGUGGACAUGGACGUGGACGUGGACGUGGACGUAGACGUGGACGUGGAGGUGGACGUGGACGUGGACGUGGACGUGGAGGACUUGGACAUGGACAUGGACGUGGACGUGGAGGACUUGGACGUGGACAUGGACGUGGACGUGGACGUGGACGUGAACGUGGACGUGGACAUGGACGAGGACAUGGACGUGGACAUGGACGUGGACGUGGACGUGGACGUGGACGUGGACGUGGACAUGGACGUGGACGUGGACGUGGACAUGGACAUGGACGUGGACAUGGACCUGGACGUGGACGUAGACGUGGACGUGGACGUGGACAUGGACGUGGACGUGGACGUGGACGUGGAUGUGGACGUUGACAUGGACGUGGACAUGGACGUGGACGUGGACGUGGACGUGGACGUGGACAUGGACAUGGUCGUGGACGUGGACGUGGACGUGGACGUGGACGUGGACGUGGACGUGGUCGUGGACGUGGACGUGGACGUGGACGUGGACAUGGACGUGGACGUGGACGUGGAGGACUUGGACGUGGACAUGGACGUGGACGUGGACGUGGACGUGGACGUGGAGGUGGACGUGGACGUGGACGUGGACGUGGAGGACUUGGACAUGGACAUGGACGUGGACGUGGAGGACUUGGACGUGGACAUGACGGUGGACGUGGACGUGGACGUGACCGUGGACGUGGACAUGGACGAGGACAUGGACGUGGACAUGGACGUGGACGUGGACAUGGACGUGGACAUGGACGUGGACGUGGACAUGGACGUGGAUGUGGACGUUGACAUGGACGUGGACGUGGACAUGGACGUGGACGUGGACGUGGACAUGGACGUGGACGUGGACGUGGACGUGGACCUGGACAUGGACGUGGACGUGGACGUGGAAGUGGACGUGGACGUGGACGUGGACGUGGACAUGGACGUGGAGGACUUGGCGUGGACGUGGACAUGGACGUGGACCGUGGACAUGGACGUGGACGUGGACGUGGACGUGGACGUGGACGUGGACGUGGACAUGGACGUGGAGGACUUGGACGUGGACGUGGACAUGGACGUGGACGUGGACAAGGACGUGGACGUGGACGUGGACGUGGACGUGGACGUGGACGUGGACAUGGACGUGGACGUGGACGUGGACAUGGACGUGGACGUGGACAUGGACGUGGACAUGGACGUGGACAUGUACGUGGACGUGGACAUGGACGUGGACGUGGACAUGGACGUGGAUAUGGACGUGGACAUGGUGGUGGACGUGGACGUGGACAUGGACAUGGUCGUGGACGUGGACGUGGACGUGGACGUGGACAUGGACGUGGACGUGGACGUGGACGUGGACAUGGACGUGGAGAUGGACGUGGACGUGGACAUGGACGUGGAGAUGGACGUGGACGUGACCUGGACGUGGACGUGGAUGGACGUGGACGUGGACGUGGACGUGGACGUGGACAUGGACGUGGACGUGGACGUGGACAUGGACGUGGACGUGGACGUGGACCUGGACGUGGACGUGGACGUGGACGUGGACAUGGACGUGGACGUGGACGUGGACGUGGACGUGGACGUGGACGUGGACGUGGACGUGGACGUGGACGUGGACGUGGACAUGGACGUGGACGUGGACGUGGACGUGGACGUGGACAUGGACAUGGUCGUGGACGUGGACGUGGACGUGGACGUGGACGUGGUCGUGGACGUGGACGUGGACGUGGACGUGGACAUGGACGUGGACGUGGACGUGGAGGACUUGGACGUGGACAUGGACGUGGACGUGGACGUGGACGUGGACGUGGACGUGGACGUGGUGGACGUGGACGUGGACGUGGACGUGGAGGACUUGGACAUGGACAUGGACGUGGACGUGGAGGACUUGGACGUGGACAUGGACGUGGACGUGGACGUGGACGUGAACGUGGACGUUGACAUGGACGAGGACAUGGACGUGGACAUGGACGUGGACGUGGACAUGGACGUGGACAUGGACGUGGACGUGGACAUGGACGUGGACGUGGACGUUGACAUGGACGAAGACGUGGACAUGGACGUGGACGUGGACGUGGACAUGGACGUGGACGUGGACGUGGACGUGGACCUGGACAUGGACGUGGACGUGGACGUGGACGUGGACGUGGACGUGGACAUGGACGUGGAGGACUUGGACGUGGACGUGGACAUGGACGUGGACGUGGACAUGGACGUGGACGUGGACGUGGACGUGGACGUGGACGUGGACAUGGGCGUGGACGUGGACGUGGACAUGGACGUGGACGUGGACAUGGACGUGGACAUGGACGUGGACGUGGACAUGGACGUGGACGUGGACGUGGACAUGGACGUGGACAUGGACGUGGACAUGGUGGUGGACGUGGACGUGGACGUGGACAUGGUCGUGGACGUGGACGUGGACGUGGACGAGGACAUGGACAUGGUCGUGGACGUGGACGUGGACAUGGACGUGGACAUGGACGUGGACAUGGACGUGGACGUGGACGUGGACAUGGACGUGGACGUGGACGUGGACGUGGACCUGGACGUGGACAUGGACGUGGACAUGGACGUGGACAUGGACGUGGACGUGGACGUGGACGUGGACAUGGACAUGGACGUGGACAUGGACGUGGACGUGGACGUGGACGUGGACGUGGACGUGGACGUGGACGUGGACAUGGUCGUGGACGUGGACGUGGACGUGGACGUGGACGUGGACGUGGACGUGGACGUGGACGUGGACGUGGACGUGGACUUGGACGUGGACGUGGACGUGGACGUGGACGUGGACGUGGACGUGGACGUGGACGUGGACGUGGACGUGGACAUGGACGUGGACGUGGACGUGGACGUGGACGUGGACGUGGACAUGGACGUGGACGUGGACGUGGACGUGGACGUGGACGUGGACGUGGACGUGGACGUGGACAUGGUCGUGGACGUGGACGUGGACGUGGACGUGGACGUGGACGUUGGACACGUGGACAUGGACGUGGACGUGGACGUGGACAUGGACGUGGACGUGGACGUGGACGUGGACCUGGACAUGGACGUGGACGUGGACGUGGACGUGGACGUGGACGUGGACGUGGACAUGGACGUGGAGGACUUGGACGUGGACGUGGACAUGGACGUGGACGUGGACAUGGUCGUGGACGUGGACGUGGACGUGGACAUGGUCGUGGACGUGGACGUGGACGUGGACGUGGACGGGGACGUGGACGUGGACGUGGACGUGGACGUGGACGUGGACGUGGACGUGGACUUGGACGUGGACGUGGACGUGGACGUGGACGUGGACGUGGACAUGGACGUGGACGUGGACGUGGACGUGGACGUGGACGUGGACGUGGACAUGGACGUGGACGUGGACGUGGACGUGGACGUGGACGUGGACAUGGACGUGGACGUGGACGUGGACGUGGACGUGGACGUGGACGUGGACGUGGACGUGGACAUGGUCGUGGACGUGGACGUGGACGUGGACGUGGACGUGGACGUGGACAUGGACGUUGGACACGUGGACAUGGACGUGGACGUGGACGUGGACAUGGACGUGGACGUGGACGUGGACGUGGACCUGGACAUGGACGUGGACGUGGACGUGGACGUGGACGUGGACGUGGACGUGGACAUGGACGUGGAGGACUUGGACGUGGACGUGGACAUGGACGUGGACGUGGACAUGGACGUGGACGUGGACGUGGACGUGGACGUGGACGUGGACGUGGACAUGGGCGUGGACGUGGACGUGGACAUGGACGUGGACGUGGACAUGGACGUGGACAUGGACGUGGACGUGGACAUGGACGUGGACGUGGACGUGGACAUGGACGUGGACAUGGACGUGGACAUGGUGGUGGACGUGGACGUGGACGUGGACAUGGUCGUGGACGUGGACGUGGACGUGGAUGUGGACAUGGACAUGGUCGUGGACGUGGACGUGGACAUGGACGUGGACAUGGACGUGGACAUGGACGUGGACGUGGACGUGGACAUGGACGUGGACGUGGACGUGGACGUGGACGUGGACAUGGACGUGGACAUGGACGUGGACAUGGACGUGGACAUGGACGUGGACGUGGACGUGGACGUGGACGUGGACAUGGACAUGGACGUGGACAUGGACGUGGACGUGGACGUGGACGUGGACGUGGACUUGGACGUGGACGUGGACGUGGACGUGGACGUGGACGUGGACAUGGACGUGGACGUGGACGUGGACGAGGACGUGGACGUGGACGUGGACAUGGACGUGGACGUGGACGUGGACGUGGACGUGGACAUGGACGUGGACGUGGACGUGGACGUGGACGUGGACGUGGACGUGGACGUGGACGUGGACAUGGUCGUGGACGUGGACGUGGACGUGGACGUGGACGUGGACGUGGACAUGGACGACUUGGACGUGGACAUGGAGGUGGACGUGGACGUGGACGUGGACGUGGACCUGGACGUGGACAUGGACGUGGACGUGGACAUGGACGUGGAUGUGGACGUGGACGUGGACAUGGACGUGGACGUGGACGUGGACAUGGACGUGGACAUGGACGUGGACGAGGACGUGGACGUGGACGUGGACAUGGUCGUGGACGUGGACGUGGAUGUAGACGUGGACGUGGACGUGGUCGUGGACGUGGACGUGGACAUGGACGUGGACGUGGACAUGGACGUGGACGUGGACGUGGAGGACUUGGACGUGGACAUGGAUGUGGACGUGGACGUGGACAUGGACGUGGUCGUGGACGUGGACGUGGACAUGGACGUGGACGUGGACGUGGACGUGGACGUGGACGAGGACAUGGACGUGGACAUGGACGUGGACGUGGACAUGGACGUGGACAUGGACGUGGACGUGGACAUGGACGUGGACGUGGACGUGGACGUUGACAUGGACGUGGACGUGGACAUGGACGUGGACGUGGACGUGGACAUGGACGUGGACGUGGACGUGGACCUGGACCUGGACAUGGACGUGGAAGUGGACGUGGACGUGGAGGACUUGGACGUGGACAUGGACGUGGACGUGGACGUGGACGUGGACGUGGAGGUGGACGUGGACGUGGACGUGGACGUGGAGGACUUGGACAUGGACAUGGACGUGGACGUUGAGGACUUGGACGUGGACAUGGACGUGGACGUGGACGUGGACGUGGACGAGGACAUGGACGUGGACAUGGACGUGGACGUGGACAUGGACGUGGACAUGGACGUGGACGUCGACAUGGACGUGGACGUGGACGUUGACAUGGACGUGGACGUGGACAUGGACGUGGACGUGGACGUGGACAUGGACGUGGACGUGGACGUGGAUGUGGACCUGGACAUGGACGUGGACGUGGACGUCGAAGUGGACGUGGACGUGGACGUGGACGUUGACAUGGACAUGGAGGACUUGGACGUGGACGUGGACAUGGACGUGGACGUGGACAUGGACGUGGACGUGGACGUGGACAUGGACGUGGACAUGGACGUGGACGUGGACGUGGACAUGGACGUGGACAUGGACGUGGACAUGUACGUGGACGUGAACGUGGACGUGGACAUGGACGUGGACGUGGACAUGGACGUGGACAUGGACGUGAACAUGGUGGUGGACAUGGACGUGGACGUGGACAUGGUCGUGGACGUGGACGUGGAUGUGGACGUGGACAUGGACGUGGACGUGGACGUGAACGUGGGCAUGGACGUGGACAUGGACGUGAACGUGGACAUGGACGUGGACAUGGACGUAGACGUGGACGUGGACGUGGAGGUGGACGUGGACAUGGACGUGGACAUGGACGUGGACGUGGACAUGGACGUGGACAUGGACGUGGACGUGGACAUGGACGAGGACGUGGACGUGGGCGUUGACAUGGACAUGGACGUGGACAUGGACGUGGACGUGGACGUGGACAUGGACGUGGACGUGGACGUGGUGCUGGACAUGGACGUGGACGUGGAAGUGGACGUGGACGUGGACGUGGACGUGGACAUGGAUGUGGAGGACUUGGACGUGGACGUGGACAUGGACGUGGACGUGGACAUGGACGUGGACGUGGACGUGGACGUGGACAUGGACGUGGACGUGGACGUGGACAUGGACGUGGACGUGGACGUGGACAUGGACGUGGACGUGGACGUGGACCUAGACGUGGACAUGGACGUGGACGUGGACGUGGACGUGGACGUGGACAUGGACGUGGACAUGGACGUGGACAUGGACAUGGACGUGGACAUGGACGUGGACAUGGACGUGGACGUGGACAUGGACGUGGACAUGGACGUGGACGUGGACGUGGACAUGGACGUGGACGUGGACGUGGCCGUGGACAUGGACGUGGACAUGGACGUGGACAUGGACGUGGAUGUGGACAUGGACGUGGACAUGGACGUGGACGUGGACGUGGACGUGGACAUUGACGUGGACAUGGACGUAGACGUGGACGUGGACGUGGACGUGAACGUGGACGUUGACGUGGACGUGGACGUGGACAUAGACGUGGACGUGGACGUGGACGUGGACAUGGACGUGGACGUGGACGUGGACAUGGUCGUGGACGUGGACGUGGACGUGGACGUGGACGUAGACGUGGACGUGGACGUGGACAUGGACGUGGACGUGGACGUGGACAUGGACUUGGACGUGGACGUGGACGUGGACGUGGACGUGGACGUGGACGUGGACAUGGACGUGGACAUGGACGUGGACGUGGACAUGGACGUAGACAUGGACGUGGACGUGGACGUGGACGUGGACGUGGACAUGGACGUGGACAUGGACGUGGACGUGGACAUGGACAUGGACGUGGACGUGGACGUGGACAUGGACGUGGACAUGGACGUGGACGUGGACUUGGACGUGGACGUGGACAUGGACGUGGACAUGGACGUGGACAUGGACGUGGACGUGGACAUGGACGUGGACAUGGACGUGGACGUGGACAUGGACGUGGACGUGGACGUGGACGUGGACGUGGACAUGGACGUGGACAUGGACGUGGACGUGGACAUGGACGAGGACAUGGACGUGGACAUGGACGUGGACGUGGACAUGGACGUGGACGUGGACGUGGACAUGGACAUGGACGUGGACGUGGACAUGGACGACUUGGACGUCCACAUGGACAUGGUCGUGGACGUGGACGUGGACGUGGACAUGGACGUGGACAUGGACGUGGACGUGGACGUGGACAUGGAUGUGGACGUGGACGUGGAGGUGGACGUGGACAUGGACGUGGACAUGGACGUGGACGUGGACAUGGACGUGGACGUGGACGUGGACAUGGAGGUGGACGUGGAGGUGGACGUGGACAUGGACGUGGACGUGGACGUGGACAUGGACGUGGACGUCGACAUGGACGUGGACGUUGACGUGGCCGUGGACAUGGACGUGGACAUGGACGUGGACAUGGACGUGGACAUGGACGUGGACGUGGACGUUGACGUGGACAUGGACUUGGACGUGGACGUGGACGUGGACAUGGACGUGGACGUGGACGUGGACAUGGAAGUGGACGUGGACGUGGACCUGGACGUGGACGUGGACGUGGACGUGGACCUGUACGUGGACAUGGACGUGGACGUGGACGUGGAUGUGGACGUGGAUGUGGACGUGGACAUGGAUGUGGACAUGGACGUGGACGUGGACGUGGACGUGGACGUGGACAUGGUCGUGGACGUGGACGUGGACGUGGACGUGGACGUGGACGUGGUCGUGGACGUGGACGUGGUCGUGGACGUGGACGUGGACGUGGACAUGGACGUGGACGUGGACGUGGAGGACUUGGACGUGGACAUGGACGUGGACGUGGACGUGGACGUGGUUGUGGACGUGGACGUGGACGUGGACGUGGACGUGGACGUGGACGUGGAGGACUUGGACAUAGACAUGGACGUAGACGUGGAGGACUUGGACGUGGACAUGGACGUGGACAUGGACGUGGACGUGGACGUGGACGUGGACGUGGACGAGGACAUGGACGUGGACAUGGACGUGGACGUGGACAUGGACGUGGACAUGGACGUGGACGUGGACAUGGACGAGGACGUGGACGUGGACGUUGACAUGGACAUGGACGUGGACAUGGACGUGGACGUGGACGUGGACAUGGACGUGGACGUGGACGUGGACGUGGACCUGGACAUGGACGUGGACGUGGACGUGGAAGUGGACGUGGACGUGGACGUGGACAUGGAUGUGGAGGACUUGGACGUGGACGUGGACAUGGACGUGGACGUGGACAUGGACGUGGACGUGGACGUGGACGUGGACGUGGACAUGGACGUGGACGUGGACGUGGACAUGGACGUGGACGUGGACGUGGACAUGGACGUGGACGUGGACGUGGACGUGGACGUGGACAUGGACGUGGACGUGGACGUGGACGUGGACAUGGACAUGGACGUGGACAUGGACGUGGACAUGGACGUGGACAUGGACGUGGACGUGGACAUGGACGUGGACAUGGACGUGGACGUGGACGUGGACAUGGACGUGGACGUGGACGUGGCCGUGGACAUGGACGUGGACAUGGAUGUGGACAUGGACGUGGAUGUGGACAUGGACGUGGACAUGGACGUGGACGUGGACGUGGACAUUGACGUGGACAUGGACGUAGAUGUGGACGUGGACGUGGACAUGGACGUAGACGUGGACGUGGACAUGGACGUGGACGUGGACGUGGAGGACUUGGACGUGGACAUGGACGUGGACGUGGACGUGGAUAUGGUCGUGGACGUGGACGUGGACGUGGACAUGGACGUAGACGUGGACGUGGACAUGGACGUGGACGUGGACGUGGACGUGGACAUGGACGUGGACAUGGACGUGGACGUGGACGUGGACGUGGACAUGGAGUGGACGUGGACGUGA